AUGGCGCCUCUGAGGCCCUUUCUGAUGCUAACCCUGCUGGCAUGGGUUUCUCUGGCUGACCAAGAGUCAUGCAAGGGCCGCUGCAACCAGGGGUUUGUGGCCAACAAGAAGUGUCAGUGUGAUGAGCUUUGCAGUUACUAUCAGAGCUGCUGUGCUGACUAUGUGGCACAGUGCAAGCCCCAAGUGACUCGGGGGGAUGUGUUUACUAUGCCAGAAGAUGAGUAUUGGUCCUAUGACUACACGGAAGAGACCAAGAAUGGCACCAGCACCCAUGUACAACCGGAAAACACGUCUUUACACCCUGACUUACAGCCUCAAACCUCAGAGCCAACAUCAUUCCUAAAGCCUGAGGAACAGGCUCCUACACUGGAGGCAAGCACCUCAGGGCCUGAAGUGGGCUACCUGGAGGUGACUUCAAGGCCUGACACCACUGCUCAAGGGACCUCUGACUUCCCAGAGGAAGAGCUGUGUAGUGGGAAGCCCUUUGAUGCCUUCACGGACCUCAAGAACGGUUCCCUCUUUGCCUUCCGAGGGCAGUACUGCUAUGAGUUAGAUGAAACAGCAGUGAGGCCUGGGUACCCCAAACUUAUCCGAGAUGUCUGGGGCAUCGAAGGUCCCAUUGAUGCUGCCUUCACUCGAAUCAACUGUCAGGGGAAGACCUACCUUUUCAAGGGCAGUCUGUACUGGCGCUUUGAGGAUGGCGUUUUGGACCCUGGUUAUCCCCGAAACAUCUCUGAAGGCUUCAGUGGCAUACCAGACAAUGUCGAUGCUGCUUUAGCCCUUCCUGCUCACCGCUACAGUGGCCGGGAGAGAGUCUACUUCUUCAAGGGGAAGCAGUACUGGGAGUAUGAAUUCCAGCAGCAGCCCAGCCAGGAGGACUGUGAAGGCAGCUCUCUGUCAGCGGUGUUUGAGCACUUUGCCUUGCUGCAGCGGGACAGCUGGGAGGACAUCUUUGAACUCCUCUUCUGGGGCAGAUCCACUGGCGGCGUCAGAGAACCCCAGUUCAUCAGCCGGGACUGGCAUGGUGUGCCAGGGAAAGUGGACGCUGCUAUGGCUGGCCGCAUCUACAUCUCGGGCUCCACAUCCCACUCUUUCCAGGCCAAAAAGCAGAAGUCUAGGCGACGCAGCCGAAAACGCUACCGCUCACGCCGUGGGCGUGGCCGCAGCCGCAGCCCCAGCAGCAGCCACAGCCUGAAUUCUCGUCGCUCAUCGCGUUCAGUCUGGUUCUCUUUGUUUUCUAGUGAGGAGAGAGGGCUAGGAGACUACAACUAUGAUUAUGAUAUGGACUGGCUCCCCCCUGCCACUUGCGAGCCCAUUCAGAGCGUCUAUUUCUUCUCUGGAGACAAGUACUACCGAGUCAACCUUAAAACACGGCGAGUGGACUCUGUGAACCCUCCCUACCCACGCUCCAUUGCUCAGUAUUGGCUGGGCUGCCCAGCCCCUGAAAAGUAGGA